GUCGUAAUGUGUCGUCUGUCAACUUCCGGUUUAGAAAUGAGCACGUUGGAUUUGACCGUCAAAUUUAUACAACAAUUUUGAUUUUAUUCCUUGUGUCAUGUUAAGAAAGACCGUGACUGGAAAUUGUAUUUCCAUUUUUAGACGGAGAAAUCAUGAACAAGUGGAAAUUUGCCACAGAUUUUUGGUAUCACUAGGGAAGCUGCAAUCAUCAUGCCCUGCAAGAGUUCGUCAUAUUUCAUCAUUUUCGUCGCAAUGUUUUUGCAGACCCCAGAAAAAAUUUACAUGUAGCAUAGUAAAAAGCUCCAGUCUUUCAGUGACAAAUGGUCAGCAUUGCUCUCAAAUAUAUCCAUGUUCAACUAUUUACCAAUCAUUUUCAACAAGUGCUGCUGACUUUCAGAAAGACAAAUCAAAAGACAAGGAAACAGCUGAAAGUGAAAUCACAGACAAAACAGAGAGUUCAGAUGGUGUUGAACAAAAUUUGACAAUAUUUCAAAGAUUUAAAAAAGCAUACAAGGAGCAUGGAAAAGUUCUUAUUGGAGUACACCUGGUGACUUCCACUUUCUGGUUUGGUUCCUUUUAUUAUUUAGCAUUAAGUGGUAUUGAUGUGGUACCAUUGUUAGAAAGAAUGGGAGCUGGAGAAACCAUACUGAAGCCUUUUAAAUCAUCCCAUGUUGGAGAAAUAGCUGUAGCAUAUUUGUUAUACAAGUUGGCUACACCUGCUAGAUACACUGUAACUCUCGCUGGAACUAACUUAACAAUCAAAUAUCUGCAGAGAUCUGGAAAAAUGGUCAAACCAGCAGAAAGAGAAAGCUUUAAGGAAUUGUACAAAGAUGGCCGACAAGAAUUGAAAGCAAAGCGAAAAGAAAUUGAUUCUAAAAUAAAGACAAGAACUAAUAAAUAUUCUAAAAAGUGACUUGAUUGAAUUAGUUGCUAUUACAUAUUUGUUCAUUCAUAAUAAUAUGCCAGUUUAGUCUACUUGGUGUAAGUGAUAGCAUAUUAAUUUAUUGUAUCAAUAUAUUUAAGGAAACAGAAAUUUCUUAAGUAAUAUUAAAGUGACAUAUAUUCAAUUUCUUUGUUUUAUGCUGAGAUGAAAAAGUAAACAUUAGAAAUACCUUAGAAUUGUAAUUAUUUGUAACCUCAGAAUUACACUUUACUAUAACCACAUUAUUUAAUACAAAUAGUAAUGCAAAACUUCCAUUCAUUUUGAUUUGUUAUUUAUUACCAUUAACUGAGCCCUUAAACUUAUUUUUUUCUGUAGAUAUUAAUUGAUAUAGCAACAAACAUCCUUUGGAUGUAUAAUUUAACUCCAUGCUUAUCCAAUGUAGUUGGAACAUGACAAAUGGCUAAUGCAAGAAUUAAAAAAAUAAUUUUUGGGCACUGCCUUCCUAUAGCCAUCUUUACAGUUUUUGAAUUUGUAAGUCUCUGUAGUCAGUACUUCGGUACUGACAUGAUUAAUAACAAACCUUUCUAAAAUUGUCCGUUUAUAAAUUUAGAAAUCAUCAGGAAACUAAGGUUUCAACAUCCUCUGGCAAAGUUGACCAUAGAUGGAUUUGGCUAUUAUUUUUACAUCCUUUUUGGUCAUUAAACACUUCAACUGUUUUGGUUCUUAUACAUCCUUGGCUUUCAAAUAUUCAUAUUGAGUGUUCCUUAAGGUAAAUCAAGAAAAGUCUUUCUGACACAUUCAUUAUUUUAUGAAAGUAAAAGUUUAUAAUAUCACAUACUAAAAUUAUUCUAAAAUAAAGGUUAAAACACACUAACUCUUACCAACAAAACAACAGAAAUUGAUUGACAGACUGACAGACUUGUAACCAUAUUGAUCAAAGUAAAUGGUAGUCAUUCUAUAACCAAUAGACCCAAUCUGAAUUUUACCCUGCAGGACUACUGGUAUGAAUGAAGUGUAGCUUAAUUCACUGAUUAAAAUGGUUGUAUUAUUAUAUAUCAUGGUAAUAAUUUUGUUAUGUGCUGUUACAAAGACAUGUAUAUUAUUUGUGCUUUGUUGAUUGUGUGAUUCUGCUUGUUUGCAUGACUUCUGUAGAAUAAAUAAAAUGUCGUUCAGUGUCAA